CCGCACCACCGUCACCUUUUUGGAGCUAUGGCAUCCGCCAGUACACGACGUAGAGGGAACCCGCUACCACCAUUUGUGCCUGUACUGCAGCACAAGCAGGAUGAAUUGAGGCGCGGUCAUGUGGUGUGGGAGUGGGUCGAGAGGGGCCAGGAGUGGGGAAAGGUAGGCGGGGGCAACUUCCUUAUCCGUUGCCGCCUGUGCUGGAAAGUUUUCAUAGGAUCUAAAUCUCGUGGAGUUGAGCAUUUCAGGAAGCAGAAGACGUACUGCCCACACUGGACUGGAGAGAUUUUGUACGAGUUGCAUCGGGCGGGGGUAGUCCUUAGAGAUGCCAUCUUGCGACGCCUAGCUUCGGAGUACGCGGAGAGGGUGGGGGGUGUUAUGGCUGCGGACGACCUCCGUCAUUACAUGGAGGCGGAGGGGGGUGGAGAGGAGGAGCAUACGAGGCCCGGGACACCCUCGCGUGUUGGAGGGGCGGAUGCAUCGCUUACUGGAGGGGCGGAUGGUGGCGAUAUAGGUGGGGGGACAAUCAACCAGGCUGACGAUUUGGAUGCAGAUCGUCAGCGUGGCGGCAGGUCACGAGGCGGCACUCAGCCUGCGGGUUUUGAGGACGCGCCACCCCGUGUACCAGGAGGUGUAGGAGGUGUGACUGGCGGUAUUGAGGCAGGCGGCUGUAGUGUUAGUGCAGCACCCGCGUCCACAUCCGUAGUGGGUAGGCGACAGUCGACUCUGGAUCCUUAUAUAGGGAACAAGAUCCAGAUGGAUCUUAAUCAGUUGUGGUCCCUCGUUAUCGAUCGUGGGGGAGUGGCGUUCAACUGGCUGCGUUUGGCCGAGAUGCAGCAGUUGUGGGAUUGCAUAUGCACUCUAUUUCGUCCCACGAUAGUACCAGUUCCACAACUCCUCUCGUAUGAGGGGGUCCGGACGACGAUGCUGGAUAUUAUCUUCCAUGAGGUCGCAGCCCUCAUUGCCCCUAACAAGGCAAAGUGGACUACUUCCGGCUGCACGUUGAUGAUGGACGGGGCUUCUGACACAACAAAUAAGCCCAUUAUAAACUUCAUCGCAGCAGGGGAUUCCAAACCCAUUCUCAUCCGGGUGAUUGACAUGUUGCAUCGCGACAAGACCGGCGUUAGCUUAGCAGAGAUCUGGGAGGACGUGAUUCGACAUGACAUUGGCAAUGCGAUAUGCACGGACAAAACCGAGGUCAUGAAAACCACGGCGCACAUGUUACAGACACACCCAGAUCCUGCUAUGCGUCGCAUUCCCUGGAUCCCGUGCGCAACACAGUGCCUGAGUUUGCUGCUGAGGGACAUUGCCGCACAGCCUAUCGAGCGACAGACGAUGAAAGACGCGCACAAGAUUGUGAAGUUUAUGCGCAACAAACAAAAAGCACUUAUACUUCACAAAGUAAUGAAGAAGGCGAUGGUGCUCAAGCUACUAGCGGAUACGCGUUUCGGCACAUCAUACAUGAUGCUGGAGAGGCUGUACGAUCAGAGGGAGGUCUUGGACACAUUGGUGUCGUCGGAGAGGCUCUGCAGGGAUGACGACUUUUGGAGUGGCGUGAGGACGGUGAUGGACGUCAUGGGUCACGUUUACGCGCUCCUCAGGGAUGUUGACAGGGACGGCUCAUCACCCACUGACCGGUGGGAUUUGGAGGCCAUCCUCCGGCAGAGACUUUGUUCACUAGAGUUGUCAGACUUUGACAAGGACGCGGUGAUGACCAUCGUGAGGGAUCAGUGCGAGAUGAUGCGGCAGCCUGCUCAUGCAGCCGCUUACCUAUUGGAUCCACUGCGGCGCGAUAUUUCAUUGCUUGAGGACCGCAGGAGGCCUGUUGUGCAGUCGGCGCUAGAGCACUUUGCUCUCGUUGUCGGAGGGUGGGACACGAAGGCCAUGGACGAUCUGUGGGAGGCCCUGUGGACUUUCCACAGCGACGACCCGCGAUAUUGGCCAACGGCUGCUCAACACUGGUGGGACUCGUUCGCCACCACCGACCUCCUCAGCGCGAGCAAGCGGACGGACAACAGAUACAUGGACAUCUGGGCGGACCAGGUUGAGGAGGGGGAGGUCGCUUUGGACGAGGACGACGCCAUCCCUGCAGAUGUGCCAGAGGAGGAGGCCGAGGCGAUUGAGAGGAGUACCAGGAGGAAGGAGGGUGGCAAUCGAGCUGGGAAGGGCAAGGCACUGUCAGUGGACUCGGAGGACGACAUUUUUUAUGACCUCGUGUGGAUGCACCAGGGGAUCAGGAACGAGGCAGAGGCACAGAGGGGUGCUGGGAUGAUUCUUCUAGAGGACCAGCACGACUUGUUGGACGAGUGGGGUGGACACGAUCCGCACGACGACUUCGACGCCUACGUUGGUGGCACCAUGCAUACCGUGGUGUCCAUGCGCAAGAGGGUUGGCGGCGAGGUUGAUAUGGAGGAGUUGCUGGCUCGUGAUAUGCAGACAGAGGAGGACGAGGCGAUGCAGGAUCCGACAUGGAUGCAGGAGGUUCCUGUUUCGAUGAGUCCCACAGCAACAGAUACUAGUGUUGCUGACCCCUCUUAUGUCGCCACAGCGACACCUACGUCCCAGCCCCACAUAGAGCACGGGGUCGAUACACACACGCAGGCAGAGAUGGAGAGGAGGGUGCCUCAGCAUCCUUAGGUUCCGCGGCAUGAGAGGGACGAGCAUAGGGUGGAGCAGUUGCCACAACAGGUCGUUGUGGAGCAGGUGGCGCACCAGUUUAC